AUGGGGCGAGGUCUGGGGAGUACAGAUGAUGAGAUUAAAAGUCCCAAUCCAACUCUAAUAGUUUCUGUCUUGCGACAAACGCGACAUGCGGAAUUGGCCGUGAGUGAGGUUGUGUCGGAGUCGGGUCCAUUAGGGUUUGUUGCUCCUGAAGAUCAGCCAGUUUCACAAGCGGAGAUACUCGGUAAAAGUGAAUUGUACAUUAAAAGUGGAAGUGACAUCAGCCUUACAUGUGUCGUCAGAGAAACACCUGAACCACCAUCCUUCAUCUACUGGUACCGAGGUAGCAACGUGAUAAACUAUUCGCAACGCGGAGGAAUCUCCGUGACGACGGAAAAGCAGACCAGGACGUCACGACUCCUCAUCGCCAGGGCUCUACCGGCGGAUUCCGGCAACUACACCUGCGCUCCCUCAUCUUCUCACGCAGCAUCAGUCAUCGUUCAUGUACUCAAUGAGCACCCUGCAGCAAUGCAACAUGGUAACAGCAGUUGUAGCAGAGUGAGUGGACUGGCAUUGAUGCAGCCGCUGUUUGCUGCUGUGCUCGCUGCAAGACUUGCUGUACGCUGAGCUUAUUGCCAAGUGGGAUAUGUCCAUCCAACAUGAUAUUACUGUAAAUAUAUGUAUUUGUAUGAAAAGAGAGAGAAUCUUCAGAUAUGUCAACAUGCUACAGAUCUGUGUAAAUAUAACUAUCGUUAGAGACCAAGACUUGAAUACUCCAGAAAUGUGGAGUGAGAAGGGAUAUAGCAGCUAAUGAAUUUUCCUUCUUUUUGUAAGACACAACAGCUGUUAUUUCUUUUCCUUUUAUAGCAAAUAUGAGAUGUAAGUAUACAUACCUAUAACUAAUACAAAAGGAAAAAAAUGAUGUGUGUACAAGUGUACAUGGGAUUUUGAGAAACGUGAUAAAAACUUAUUUUUAUCAAUUAUUCAUCCCAAAAUGAUAUUUAAAUUAAUCUCAACUAGACAUGUUUUGAUAAUUUCCAAAACCAUACUAUUGUUUGCUAUUUUUAGUAAGUAAUCAAAAUAAUAAACAAAGGAUUAGUGUGUAAUUGAUGAAAUGAGUUUUUAUCAAUCUAGUAAAAAAAAAGAGUAUUGAAUUUUUGUAAAAAGUAAAAAAAGUAAAAAUAAUUUGAUGGAUGAUUAAAACAGUAUGAAUACUUUGAGUAAAAGUGGGUAAGAGAAAACAACUUAUGUAUACUACUAAUAAUGCUUAAGAUAUAUAUGUGUUAAUUGUGAAUGUUUAUUCAGUACUUCUAUUUGUUUCUUGAAUUAUAAAUAAAGGUUGCAAUUUACAGCUUUUCAUUAAACAUUUUAAAAAAUAAAUUUAAAAAGAAUAGAAAUCCUUCCGUUUCUAAUGGCUGAAUAGUGUUCUGAUUCUCUUCUCAUCUUAUUACUCAAUUUAGAAACACAAAAAAGAAAAAGUAAAUAUAUUCACCUAAGGUGUAGACUAAAUGUUUUGUGUCCAUCUGCUCUCUUCUAACACCUACCUUUUUUCUAAAUCUAUGUAAAAGAAAAAACAAAAAAAAAUCCAACAAAGUGAAAAUUAUUUUGCAUGUAUUUGUAUGUGUAUAUUUAUAACUAAAAGGUGAUAUUCAUUAUUGUAUCACUCACCAUCAGUGGCAGAUCCGUGGGAGGGGAAAGAGAGAAAACUUUUCCUUCCGAGAUAUUUAGAAAAAAAAAUAUUGUUUAAAAUAUACUUUAUAUAGAAUUUGUGAAUAAUUGAAUAAUACUUACUCAUGUAUGAUUGUGAAUAUAUUAAUAUUCAUUAGGAAGGGAAUUAAUUUAUUACAAUUUGCCACAAAGAUAAGGUUAUUUUCUCCCAAAUUCUGAGAUCUGAGAUAGUUCCCUCCCCCCAAAACUACCUUUGGGUCUUGGUGUCAUUUAUUAAUUGCAAAAAGGUACAAAAUUACAUUUAUUAUAUAUAAUUGAACAAAAUAAAUAAGGGAAAAAUGUGAAUUAUGAUAUAACUAUUAGGUUAGAACAUGAAAAUAUUUUGUAACUCUAACAUCAAAAAGAGUGGGCUAUUACUGUUACCCAUUUAAUUGGCUCCUUUAUCUGUUUGGUUUAUCAAAAUGUAACUUGUCUCCUUUUUGAAAUUUGCAACUGAUACAUUAAUGUAUUUGUACACAUACAUAAGAAGAAAACAUAGCAUUUUUCAUGUAGUUCAUUGUAUUAUAUUUUAGAUGAUAAAAGUGUAAAUACCCACUUAAUAUAUACAUAUGAAUAUCUCCAUUUAGAUGUCAUAAUGAACUUUUCAAUGUAAUAGAUGAUGCUAUUGAGAAAACAUAAAAAAAAAAAAAAAAAAAUGUAAAACAAACAAAAAAAAAUAGAGAUGAUUGUUUAUAUUUGUUUCUUACCCUGAGGUAAUUACAUAUGUGUAAAUAAAUGUUUUUGAUGGGAAAACUAAAAUGAUAUAUUUACUGUUGUUAUAUGAUAUUUUUUAUGUUAAUGUUUGUUUGUUUUUAUGUAAAAGGUCUAACCGAGACCCUAAUCACAUGUUCUCGGCCUUUUUCAAACCUUAAAAAUGUC